UACAUGGAGACAACCUAAGCCUGUGAGUUUGUAGGUGAAACAACAGGUUUUGUGAUUAAAACAACAAGAAGAAACUGCCACCGACACUUGGGACUAUUUCACUCCGCCGCACCUCAGGGUGUGAGAGAUGGAGAACGGGACGUGUGAUGAUGUGGAGGAGCUGUGGGAGAAGGUGGAGUGCAAACGCUACGAGCUGAGUCGCUGCAUCUCCCCGGCGAAGCUCACUCCCUACCUCCGCCAGUGCAAGGUCCUGGACGAGCAGGAUGAGGACGAGAUUCUCAACUCCCUGCUGCUGGUGUCCAAAGCGAACCGCACGAGCCGCCUGCUGGACAUCCUCCACACUAAAGGGGAGCGCGGUUACGUAGCGUUUCUGGAGAGUCUGGAGUUUUACUACCCUGACCAGUACAAGCUGGUCACAGGGAAGGAACCCACACGACGCUUCUCCACCAUCGUAGUGGAGGAAGGUCACGAGGGCCUGACGCAGUUCCUGAUGAACGAGGUGAUGAAGCUGCAGCAGCAGUCCAAGGUCAAGACCCUGCAGAGCGUGGAGCUCAGCAGGAAGAACUGCACGCUGGAGGACGAGCAGAAGAAGAUGCGUCUGGCCAAUCAGGAGCUGCAGGCCUUUCAACAGAGAUACAAUAAGUUGAGAGAAGAGAGAAACACAUACAGUGAUGAGCUGCUGAGAGUGAAGGACGAAAACUACCAACUGGCCAUGAGGUACGCCACGCUGAGCGAGGAGAAGAACAUGGCGGUGAUGAGGAGCCGAGACCUGCAGCUAGAGAUCGAUCAGCUGAAGCACAGACUGAACAAGCUGGAGGAGGAGUGCAAGAUGGAGAGGAGGCAGAGUCUCAAGCUGAAGAACGACAUCGAGAACCGGCCGAGGAAAGAGCAAAUCUUUGAGCUGGAGAGAGAGAACGAGAUGCUCAAGAUCAAGCUACAGGACCUGCAGUCCCUUAGACAGCCUGGUCCUGAAUCAGACAAGACCCUCCUUGAUAUUUUGGAGCAUGACAGACAGGAAGCACUAGAAGACAGACAGGAUCUGGUGAACCGCCUGUACAACCUGCACGAAGAAGUCAGACAAGCAGAGGAACUUCGUGACAAGUAUCUGCAGGAGAAGGAGGAUCUGGAGCUUAAGUGCUCCACACUGAAGAAGGACUGUGAGAUGUAUCGUAACCGCAUGGACACCAUCACCAUUCAGCUUGAUGAGGUGGAGAAGGAGAGGAACCAGGCGUUUCGAGCCCGAGACGAGGCCCAGCAUCAGUUCUCCCAGAGUCUGAUUGACAAAGACAAAUAUCGCAAGCAGAUCCGAGAGCUGGAGGAGAAGAGCGAUGAGCUCCAGAUUGAGAUUGUACACAAAGAGGCCAAGCUGCUCACUCUGGAGUCGCGCCUACGACGGGUGUCCAAGGACAUUGUUAUGGACCAGCAAACUCUGCCGAGGGACCUGCGUCCGGCCAUCGUCUCUCAGGGGGAGGGGUUCAAACCCAUCCCAGGCCAAUCAGAAUGGUCCAGUGAUGAGUCCCCAGAGGAGAGGCACGUUUCUGAGGAGCCUCGCCUCAGACGCAGACCCAACCUGAAAGCCAAUAGAGGUAAAUCCCCGAUCUGUGUCCCCAAAGACAGAGACUCCGAGUGCGCUCAGCCUGCAGCCCAGCCAGUUAACGGAGGAGACUUUCUGGACAUUCAGACGUUCAACCAGCGCCUCUCUCCCUCCACCACCUUCCCCGUGUCCCCCUCGUAUUCUCACUGUUCAGCUCCUAUACUUUUCUGCUCCCUUCCCUCCCCACUUCCUUACAACCUGGUGGAGGGCAACAGGCCAAACAUGCUUCGUUACCGCAAUGACAGCAUCCUGUCCACGCUCCCUGAACCGCCGGAGACGGGAUCGCUGUACCGCAGAGAGAGGGAGAAGGAAUACGACUUCAAGCCUCAAAGCAUCUUGGACUCUGAUAGUGACAACAUGGAAAUUGACUGUGGCGAGGAAUCGCAGCGUGGUCCUCCUUCCGUCCACUCGUCUUCUUCCUCCUAUCAGUCAGAAGGAAUGGACACUUACGACCUGGAGCAGGUCAACAACAUCUUCAGGAAACUCUCUUUGGAAAGGCCGUUCCGUCCGUCCCUGUCCUCCUUCUCCAGGAUCAGCUCCACCCUGAAGCCGGUGCAGGAGCUGUCGUUACAAGGCGACAAUCUUUUAAAGGACAUAGCUCUGGUCGGUGGUAACCAGAGUGGGAUCUUCAUCUCGACCAUCCAACCGGGUUCCCUCGCCGAGAAGGCCGGGCUACGGGAGGGUCACCACCUCCUGUUGCUCGAGGGCUGCAUACGUGGGGAGAGCCAAAGCGUUUCAUUGGACACCAGCACCCAGGAAGAAGCCCAUUGGACGCUGCAGCGCUGCUCUGGACCAGUUCGCCUGCACUAUCGAGCCAACUUUGACUCUUACCGGCGUCUUCAGAGAGACCUUGCAGAGGGCUCGGUGGCUUCUGGCGACUCUUUCCACAUACGGCUCAACCUGAACAUCUCUGGCCAGUCGGAGAGCUGCUCCCUGAGCGUGCGCUGUGACGAGGUGGUGCACGUCCUGGACACCAGGCCCCAGGGCCGCUGUGAGUGGCUGUGCGCUCGGGUCGACCCGUACAGCGGCUGCGACCAGCUGGAGCGCGGCACCUUACCAAGCAACUCACGGGCCCAGCAGCUGCUCCUGGUAAAGAUCCAGAAGUUAGCGUGUAGAGGGGGUAAAGAUGAAAAUGAAAGCCUCCGCAACAGUCGAAUCAAUCUACAGCCAGAUGAAGCCAGCUCCUUGACCGAUACUAAAUGCAGCCCACGCAUGUCGAGAGCCAGCAUCAUCCUCACUCAGAUACUACAGUUCGUCAGCAGGGUGGAUAUCAAGUACAAGCGAAUGAACAGCAACGAGCGUGUGAGGCUCGUCACCUCAGGCAGCACAACACUACCCAGGCCCGGCUCCGAGUCGCUCAGGCCUGAAGAAGCUGCUGACCCAGACAAUGAGCUGAGCAGGAGUUUGAACCUGAUUCCCUACAGCACCGUCACCCUCCAGAGGACCCAGAGAAGAAGACCAGUCCUGUUCAGCCCCAACGCUCUGGCCAAAACCAUUAUCCAGAAAAUACUUAACAUGGGGGGAGCCAUGGACUUUGACAUCUGCAAACCAGACACCCUGUCCAAAGAGGAGUUUCAUCUCAAACAGAACGUGGAGCCCUUCAUUCACUACAAAGAGAAACAUGCAACAUUUGAAUGCAUCACCAGAGAAAACAUUGAGGCUGUUGCUUCCAAGGGCAAACACUGCCUGCUGGAGGCCGAGCUGAGCUGCGUCAAGGAUCUGCUGCGGAGAGAAAUCUACCCAAUCAUCGUCUAUGUCAAGAUCUGUGAGAAAAACGUCAAGAAGUUACGGAAGCUGUCUCUGCGAGUCGAGUCGGAGGACGAGUUCGUGAGGUCGUGUCGGGCGAAGGAGAAGGAGCUGGAGAGCGUCCCCUGCCUCUACGCCAGCCUGGAGCCCGAGGCCUGGGCUGGGCCGGACGACCUCAUCAGGGUCGUCAAAGACAGAAUUCUGGACGAGCAGAAGAAGACGGUGUGGGUGGAGCAGGACCUGCUGUAGACGGACACACACACACCAAAUAAAACCACAUAAAAAAGAAAACUGUAUAUCAUGCUUUUGUACUCAAAAUAGAAUGCAUUAUAUUAUUUGUAAAUGUGUGUAUUUCCUUUAGACAAAUAAA